AUGAGCUCGCGCAGCGCGCAAAACUGCGUGCACGAGGGCAACGACUCGCUGGUGGAAGAUCUGCUGGCACUCAAACAGCGCGUCCGCGAGUCGUCGCAUCUGUCGUCGAACUACGGGCGCGCCAUCGCCUCGAUCCGCGCCCACCCGACGCCUCUUCGCAGCGCUAGCGAGGCCAGGCGGCUGAAAAACAUUGGCAACUAUUUGUCCAAUCAGAUCCACUGUAUCUUGCAAAAAAGAGGUCUUGUGGACGAGACUCGGCCGCUCGUGUCGACCACAUCACUUCCGGCGACCUUGCCCCUCAAUGCGGCCGCAAUACGAACAGUGGACCGUAUACCGAGGGACUAUCUCCCGGUACACCGCAAGCAGCCGUGGUAUGCGCUCCUGGCGCUGUUGGAGGCCCGAGCAGUGGACGCAGAGGCUGCCGUGCCAUUGUCUGCGUUGCUGCGGCGCAUGCGACACGCUGGGUAUACAGGCGACAGCGACAAGUUGCGCGCGUGCCUCACGUCGCUCCAUGGCACGCACGACGUGGUGAAGAGGUCGGACUUGGGGUUUUACUUUUUGACAGAGAAGGGUCAGCGAAGUGCCGAGCUGUGUCGUCCUGAAUCGCUGACUGGAUCGUCUACGAGUGUUGCGGCUAGAGCAGCAGUUUCAGAUACCAAUGUCUCAGCUACCGUUACGGGAAAGCAGACUUUGGCAGGUGGAGAUACUCGUCUGUGCUCGGGGGAUUCGGACUUGACGUGUAUCGAAGUGGACGACUCGGGCGACAGUGCCCUGAGCGAAGAGAUAGCGGAACCAGAUCCUGAGCCGAUGGAGAAGAAUUGCACUGCUCUGAAAGAUCUGAUUCGAGAGACAGACACGUGGGAGCUGGUGCUGCUGCUAGAUCAUCGCGAGAUCAUUGAACGACGCAAUCCGCACAUUCUAGAGCGAAAGCUGCUCGAGCGGAAUGUAAGUUGCGAAGUCCGUGCGCUCGGCGUUGGUGAUGUCCAGUGGAUAGCUCGCCGACAUCGUGUCGGUGUAGACACACAGGAAUUCAUGAUGAAUGUUAUUGUCGAGCGGAAGGAAGUGCAUGACCUAUCGAGCAGUAUUAUCGACCGUCGCUUCGUCGAACAAAAGCUGCGCCUGGCAACCGUGCGUGAACACUGCGGUCACGUGCAUGUCAUUUACCUCGUCGAAGGCUCUCUGACGCAGAUAACCACAGUGCGCACAAGUGGGCUUCACACGACCAUGGGUCGUACGCAAGUGCAGAAUAACUUUUUCAUCCAGCAGUGCCGGAACGCGGACGAAACCGUGACGUUUCUUGCUCGUGUGCAUGCGCGCUUGCUGUCAAACUUUCCGCCGGUGUCGGGAUGUGUCAAGCCUGCAACCACGCACCUGCUGUCUAGAGGUGAGUUCACCUCGGACUCAUUCACACGGGGAUUUUGUCUCCCUCCUCAGACGUUUGCCCCGUUCAACUCUCUGUUUCGAAAGAAGAGUCAGUUCACCGUACACGACAUUUUUCAGCGGAUGCUUUUGCAAGCACCCGGACUAAGCGCUGCCAAGACGGUCAGUUUGUCAGCCAAGUACUCGAAUUUUCGUGAGUUGGUAAGCGCUUUGCACAAACGUGGCCGAGAUAGUGAGGUCGAGCACGUGCGUUGUGGGAAAACUCAACGUCGCCUUGGCUUGAAGACACGUGAGUUUCUCGGUGAGUUGUUGACUUGCAGUGAAUACGCGGAAGAUGCGUGA